UGUCAGCCUGUGAUUCUUUCCCGCCUUUCCCGUAUUCCUUACUCUUCCUUAUUGCCCAUAUCCUACAAUCCAUACGGUAUACCUAGGCGAUACCCAGCGGUCAGCACACCGUAUACAAUCUUUUAAACGCGUAGAAAAUGUCUUCAGCUCUGCUCGAUAUGAUAACCUCGAGGACGAGGACUCUCGACCCUAACUUUACUGCAAAUCCGCCAUUGAGUAGAAACUCUGACGACGAUCUAACCCCAUGGGCGACGCCCUCCGACUCGGACGAAGAUGAGGUCGUGCCAUCACAGGCCCCUCUUUCUGCUAUCAAUCGCCUUCCACCGGAGGUUCUCAUGCAUAUAUUCUCGCUGAUGAGCCGGGGUUACACUACAGGCACUUGCUACGAUGUUCUCGACAUCACCCAGGGACCCUGGCUCAUCGGGAGGGUAUGCGGUCAAUGGAGGGAUGUCAUCCAUUCAUUCCCUUCUGCAUGGGCGUCCAUAAGUAUUGUUUCCCCCCAAAUCAUCAACCAUGACUCCGUAUUACUUCUUGAGACGGCUCUCAGGCUGUCACGUCCCUUAAAGCUGUCCCUCUGGGUCAAUCUACAAACAAAUGGCCUCAAUGAGUGUUCGAUAAUGAAUGCUCUGGUCAGGGAGUGCCGCAGAUGGAAGAGUGCAGAGCUCAUUGUAGAGGCAGAUAUAUGCGCCUCCUUCGCUGAUCUACCAGGGCAGCUGGAGUUGCUGGAGCGACUAGAUCUGUAUGCUGGAAAGCAUCCCGGCCCAAAUGAUCCGGGAACACUUAACCACAUUUUGAAGCGCGCGCCAUUGUUAAAAGACGUGAGGCUUCCCAUUGUCGUGGACCCUACGGUCCUCGAGCUGAAAUGGGACCAGCUAACGAGAUUAUGCACAUUUCCCGGCCAAACGAGGGACUACCUUGACAUCCUCCGUCAGGCGGACAAACUCGUCGACUUGGACAGCAUAACCUAUCUCUCGGGCGCAAGAACUAUCAGAAAUGAAGAAGAACCUGUCGUACACACUUCCCUUCGUAGCAUCCGUUCCAACGAUCUCCACCUACUGGACAAACUUGUCCUUCCUUCCCUCCAAUCGCUAAACUUCUUCUUCCCCAACGUCAUUGCCUACGCCAGACCGCUAUGUGACCUCCUAGUUCGCUCCCAGUGCCAGCUUCGAACACUCAAAUUAGAAAUUCGAAAUUACUUUGGGGGCGUUCACGACAUUUGUAGGGUCACCCCGGAGCUGACCGAGUUGGAUAUCGCUAUACCGAGCAAUGGCGAAUCAGAUACGCUCUUUCGAGGUUUGAUAUACUCAGAGAAAGAUGAGAAUCUUCUGCUGCCGCAUCUGAAGAGCUUGGUGGUUCCUAUCAACUAUACGGUGAUUAACGUGGCAGACGUGGUGCAAACGCUUAUCAGGUUUGUGGAGUCAAGAUGGUACCUGAAGGAAGGAUCUCCCAUUUCCAGACUUUGUGCUAUCACCAUUCGUAUUCAGAGGCCCCCCACACCCAGCGAUGCGCAGCUGGAGACAUUGAAGCAGUUCCAGCGAGAGGGGUUGAAUGUGUUUCUUUCUGUGCAAGAUAAACGAAUUUUAUGAACUAAACGUGCUUUGGUUAUUCAUCACUAAAGAUUUAAAGAACACCGUACACUCGUGGCAGGUGACUAACUCGCGCCGGUCAAAAUGCGACGGAAACGAUUGGAAUAUAGAUGGAAAUUCGACAGAGUCUUUUGACCACAGCAAAAUACGUCGGCUUUACCAUUGAAGGGAAUUCCGACUCAUUUGAUUUUGGCAAAAGCUUAAAGUGUGGUCAAAAUAUCAUAUAUUAUCCACCCAUUUUCGCCGCUUUUUGCCUGUCUGAACAUAGCUGCUUACCAGAAGUG